AUAAAAAUUAGUCCAAGAUGGAGAAGGGAGUACAUAAAACAAUUGUACCGUUGCCUAAUUAAGGUUCUUUUCUUAUUCUCUAAUGGCUUCCCGUUUUCCCCGCUUUUUUUUUUUCCAAAAAUCAUUAAUCAACUUUCUGUUCUCCAUUCCCCCCUUUUUCUCUCAUUUUACCCAUCACCAUCAUCCGUUGAAGUUGUCAUUUCCUCUACAAACAUAUCUUGUCUGGCAUUCUAUUUUGGCAAUUUCAAUUCAAACAUUCAGUUAAUUAGGAUAAAAAAAACUCCCCAAAAAGCUAAAAUUUCCACCGGGCGACUUGCCGGAGCUCCGGUAAAGUUUUUCCGGGGGUUUACCAAAAUUUCUCACAUUACCCAGAUCAAACGUGCCCCUGUUCUAUUGAUAUCAUCACUCUUUGAGAGGAACUUUUUGGGAUUUUCUUCAAUGAGAAACAAGUAACAAAAAAAUUUGUUUUGGGGGUUGGCUUUUUUUCCCUUGGGUUUGUAUUUAAGCACAAAUUGGGGGUGCUUUUGAUUUUGAUUUUUCUGCAAAAAAGAAGAAUUUGUUGUUCAAAUACAUGUCAAAAAUUGAUGGGAAAAUGAAGCAUCAACAGAAGAAAAGUGGUGGGUUAAAAUUAAUGGGUAUGUGUUUCAGUUCUCAAGAAUCUCAACAACAAUCUUUGCCUGAAUCACAUUUGCAUUACCAACAAUAUCAUCAGUUGCCCCACCAUUACAAUCGCCAUCACCAACAACAGCAUCAAGUUCCUCGUCAUCAUAGAGUUGGAGGUGCUAAUCGAGGUGGUCGAAUGUCCCCAGUCCUAAGUCAUGGUACAACUGCUACAAAUAAAGAGGCAAGUAAAGGAGAGAAGGUCGGUAAUAAGAUCUCAAACUUUUUGUUUACCCCAAAAGAUGUGCAAGAACUCCGCCAACAUCCUGAAUAUAGUAAUGUUGACAUCUUUACGUUCGAGGAGAUGAAAUUGGCGACAAAACACUUUCGACCAGAUCUUAUACUCGGGGAAGGUGGGUUUGGAGUUGUUUAUAAAGGAGUUAUAGAUGACACCGUGAGACCAGGAUACAAAUCCAUAGAGGUAGCAAUUAAGCAGCUGAAUCCACAUGGUUUCCAAGGGGACAAAGAAUGGCUGACUGAAGUUAGCUACUUAGGACAGCUUAGCCAUCAAAACCUUGUAAAGCUGAUCGGAUACUGUUGUGAAGAUGAGCAUAGGCUACUGGUUUAUGAAUAUAUGGCAUCUGGAUGCCUGGAGAGACAUCUUUUUCGCAGAAUGUCUGCCACUCUCACGUGGUUGAGACGAAUAAAAAUUGCUCUUGAUGCGGCAAAAGGGCUUGCUUUUCUUCAUGGCUUGGAGCGGCAAAUCAUUUACCGUGACUUUAAGACGUCAAAUAUCUUGCUUGAUUUGAAUUUCAAUGCAAAACUUUCUGAUUUUGGGCUUGCAAAGGAAGGACCUAUGGGAGACCAAACCCACGUGUCGACUCGUGUUAUGGGCACUUAUGGAUAUGCAGCUCCAGAAUAUGUAAUGACUGGACAUUUAACGGCAAGAAGCGAUGUCUAUGGUUUUGGAGUUGUGCUGCUCGAGUUGCUAAUAGGAAGAAGAGCAUUAGACAAGCGUAGACCAAGCCGAGAGCAUAAUCUUGUCGAAUGGUGUCGGCCACUUUUGAACAAUAGCAAGAAACUACUUCAAAUCUUAGAUCUAAGAAUUGAUGGACAAUACUCCAUCAAGACUAUGAUGAAGGUGGCAAACCUUGCACACCAAUGCCUUAGCCAAAACCCAAAAGGAAGACCAUUAAUGAGUCAAGCUGUUGAUAUUCUCGAAGCUGUAUAUCAAGAGGAGCAAAUCCGGGAAACCCUUUAUGAAGAAGCUCGUAAAGAGAACUCUAACAUCAACACCCUCGUAAUGAAAAAAAUCGAGGGCGAAGAAGUACAACAAGUUGUUCCACGCGGAAGGAGAAGAGAUGGAAGAAGUAGAAGCGAGCCUAGAAAUGAUAUUUUCAGUGGGCAUUCACCCGAACUCAGGAUUCGAAAUAGAUCGUGUAGAGAUCAGACAUCAGAGUGAAUGAAUGUGUGAUUCUUCUCCUAUUAUGUGUGCCAUUUUUUCUCCUAUUAUGUGUGAUUCGUAUGCUCCGCUUUCGAGUAUUGGGGAUGCAGGAAAUUUCUCUUACCAGUACAACCCCUUUGAAAGAAAAAAAGAUCAGAUAAUCAGAACAAGUGUUUUAUGUAGAUUUGUGAAGCCUCUUGCGUAUAAGCUGGGAGUUUCCAAUUUGGAUGUGUAAAUUAGAUAAUCAUCAAUGAUGAGUCCUCAUAAUUUAAUCUUUCAUUUGUUAUGAGUUGUAGUUUCUAACUUAAUUCCUCCGUUCGUUAACGUUAUUCCUCUAAAGAAUAUUUCUAUUUAUAUUACAA